UAAAGUGCCCCCACUAAUUUAUCAAUAACCCUCCGUUGAGCUCUCCAUUUUACUUCGAAUCGGCUCUUCCCGAACCAGGAUGCGGUUUCUGGCGAAUGUGGAGCUCGGUUAUCAGAAUGGGGAAUCAUAGAGCUUGUGGGAUCUGUGUUAUUCUCUCCAUACUCUUCGUUUCAAGUACUGUCGUAUCUGCUAGCGAUGAUGGGCUGGUCCGUUUUGUCUUAAAAAAGAGACCGGUAAUCGAAAGUAUAUACAGUGAAGUAAUUCCAAAUAGUACAAUGGAGAACAAAGCCGCACUUGGGUAUGCUGGUGUCAGGUUGAACGGCGCAGCUGGGACAAAUUUCGAUCCAGUGAGAGAGGCAGUUAACCAAGUUCGUGCCCAUGAACGAAGAAUGUUCAUAGAGGCCGUGGCCAUGGAAAAGCAGUGCAACCAUAAUCUGAGUUGCAGAGGGAUCAGGGGAAAUAGAAGUGUGCAUGACGGUCAGCAGAACAUCAUCCCGCUAAAGAACUACAUGAACGCUCAAUAUUUUGGGCAGAUUGGAGUUGGUUGCCCACCACAAAAUUUCACGGUUGUCUUUGAUACAGGGAGCUCAAACAUCUGGGUCCCUUCUGCCAAGUGCAUUUUUUCGCUUGCUUGUUACUUCCAUCCCAAGUAUGUAUCAAGAUGGUCCAGCACUUACAAGGAGAAUGGUACACCUGCUUCCAUUCACUAUGGAUCGGGAGCAAUUUAUGGUUUUUACAGUGAAGACCAAGUUACCAUUGGUAAUCUAGUUGUCAAAAAUCAGGAAUUCAUUGAAACUACCUAUGAGCAUGGGUUUACAUUUUUAGCAGCAAAAUUUGAUGGCAUACUUGGACUUGGAUUUAAGGAAAUUUCAGUCGAAGGCUCAGAUCCAGUCUGGUACAAUAUGAUCGAUCAAGGUCUUGUGAAAGAAAAAAGUUUCUCCUUUUGGUUAAAUCGAGAUGCAAACGAUGGGGAAGGAGGUGAAAUUGUUUUUGGAGGUUCUGACCCAAAGCAUUACAAAGGCAGUCAUACGUACACCCGAGUUACCCGGAAAGCUUACUGGCAGUUUGAAAUGGGAGACUUCCUUAUUGGCGGGAAGAGCACUGGAAUUUGUGUGGAUGGUUGUGCGGCCAUAGCAGACUCGGGAACUUCGUUAAUUGCUGGUCCAGUAGCUGUCAUUGCACAGAUCAAUGAGAAAAUUGGAGCUAAUGGAGUGGCUAACGAAGAGUGCAAACAAGUUGUUGCUGGAUAUGGGCAACAAAUGAUAGAAUUGCUGGAAGCUAAGCAGACAGCGCCAGCACAAGUGUGUUCGAAGAUUGGGCUCUGCACAUUUGAUGGAACUCGUGCAGUAAGUGCUGGUAUUAAGAGUGUAGUGGGAGAGGCGCAAAAAACAGCUUUAGGUGGCAUGUUUGACGCUACAUGUAACGCUUGCGAGAUGGCGGUUACGUGGAUGCAAAGCGAAUUCGUUCAUAACCGUACCAAGGAGGACACGUUGGAGUAUGUCAAUCGGCUUUGCGACCAUAUGCCUAGUCCCGUGGGAUCAUCUGUGGACUGUAGACACAUCGAUUCCCUGCAAAGUGUCUCAUUCAGCAUAGGUGGAAAAAUAUUCGAGCUCAAACCAGAACAGUACAUUCUCAAGGUUGGAGAUGGAUUCAUGGCUCGUUGUAUCAGCGGAUUCACGGCUUUGGACAUUCCCCCUCCAGUAGGCCCUCUCUGGAUACUGGGUGAUGUUUUCAUGGGAGCGUACCACACCAUCUUUGACUACGGCAAGAUGAGGGUUGGCUUCGCCGAAUCCGCAUGAUUAGAAGCAUUUCACUGCUGUAUUUGUCUCUGAUGGAGUAAAAACAUGGUCGUUCUUACAUGGGAAAUUCUAUCACACGCCCAGGCCAUAACACGCACCCAGUGACCCAGAUGCGUUGGGUGAAGAAGACGCACCUGGGAACGUCAAACGUGUUAAGGCUAUCAUGUAUGUACCCAGGUGCGCAUUAGUACCGCACGUCGCCAUAUAAUGUACGGAGUAUGUCUCUUUAUGAUGCGCAAGUAAAUAAGGUCAUCCAACAUUCCCCUGUACUACCCUGAUACUCAGUAAACGUGUUUCUAAUUUAGUACGUACAGUACAUGUUAGAGUUGUGAAGGCAAAACAUGUCAAUUUCCUGGACUGUAGUUCGUACAUUGCAGAUCAUGUGUAAUAACUAGAUCAAGACACAAAGGUGCACAACUUCAUGUUUUAGUUCUGAUCUAA